AUGAAGACUCUGCUAUUUGUCUCGUCCUGCCUCUUUCAUUCUCUCUUAGCCUCGCCUAGCUUUAAUCCUGAAAUAUGCCUAACUGAAAGCGAGGGAAGGACCUUUCCCAAAACGACGCCUAAAACCCAUCACCUCAAAGCCCUUAACUCCACAACUAACAAUAUUCUUCACCUAACCCGGCAGGCCACUGCUUCAGGGCUCGUGGCUCGGCAAAUCUCCAGUAUUGUGGAACAGGAUGGCCAAGCAGCGUACACCGCCGAAGUGGUCAUCGACAACACUACGUUCAAUCUCCUCGUCGACACUGGCAGCAGCGAUACAUGGGUUACAUCACUCAAUACCACGUGCUUUGACCCAUUCACUGAGGAGGCAUGCACUUUCCCCACGCACCUGAGUGUUCCAGAAGAUGAGAAGUGGCUCGAGCCCUUCUACACCAGCUACGUAGACAAAUCAAACGUAACUGGUGGUUUGAUCCAACGUCCGCUCUCAAUAGCAGGGAUUGCAAUCCAAGACCAGGUCAUUGGGUUGGUGGAUGAAGCGUUCCUUGGCCGCACGGAUGGCUCACUCGACGGGCUGCUGGGACUGGGGCUAGGCGCAAUUGGAACACCGCCAUAUCUGCCCGUCUUCGGCUCCAUGAUAGCGGACGAGCUGAUCGAAAGGAAUCGCUUCAGCAUUGCGCUCCUGGGCACCGCCGACGUGGAUGAGAGGGACUCGGGCCUGCUGGCGUUUGGCGGAAUUCCGGAGUCAAUUGAACUGACGUCAGAAUGGGGCAUUGCGCCUAUCUUGACGGACGCGUUCUAUGCGAUUGAGGUGGAUGGAUUCAUGUUCCAGGGAGCGCAAGAGAUCACACUCUCGCUGGAUCAGAGAAUUGCGGUUAUGGACAGUGGGACGUUCUUAACACGUCUUCCUCUCCCAGUUGCUGAUGCGAUUUGGGAUCUCCUUCCUGGCACUCCGACAGACGAGUGUACCGGCAAAAGCAACGAGAAAUGCAAAGGAGAUCUAGGGUAUUGGAAGGUCCCUUGCGACGGCCGUGUCCCGUCUUUCUCAGUCGUGAUUGGUGGAGUAGCCUUCCCGAUCAGCGAGGAGAAUUUGAUUGUAUCUCUUGCGGAGGAUACCUGUAUAAGCGCCAUUAUACCGCAGGAGGGCGACCUACCGGCCAUAUUGGGCUUCACAUUCAUGAAGAAUGUUGUGGUAUUGCACGAUUUCACAGAUUUGCAGGAGCCGAUUAUGGGAGUUGCGACUUAUGAAUUCUCACAAUAG